AUGAAAUUUAAUGAGGAAUAUAGUUUGAUUGAAUCUGAGAAAAUUAAAUCACCAUUUGAUAUUAUAUCUUUACAUACAAGCGAAUCUAAAAUUAUUGCAAUUACUGCUGAUUCUAGGAUUAUUGAUAUUGAAACAUUAGACCAAUUACUUAAGAUUGAAACUGAUCAAUAUAUUUCUGACUAUCAUCUUUUGCAAAAAGGUUAUUUAUGCACUGAACAUGGUGAUAUUUAUUCGAUUGAUGGAAAUCAAGCAAAUAUGCUCUAUUCUAAACUUGGUGUUGACAAGAUUUGCAAAUCAAGUCAAGAAGCUAAUUUCCUUAUUGGUUAUUCUUCUGUUAGUGAUUUGAUUUACAUACCGUUAGAAGAAUCAAUGACUGAUCUUCAACCUCGAUCCCUACUGCCAAAUAUUUCAUAUGUCAUAGAUUUUGAUAAGAAGGGAGAUGAUUUUAUUAUUGCUACUCCAAAACGCCUCUGUAGUGUUAAGAAAGGAAUGUCAUGUAGAGUUACUUCUCUAACAGACGAAUCUUAUGAUGGAAUAGAUAAUGUUUUCACUCCAACAACAGAUUUUAUCAUUUUGAGUUUUGUAAAUCAAAGUAAGGUACUUAGAAUUUCUGAAGACUCCAUUGAUGAAUGCAAUAACAAUGUAUUCGAAUCAAGUCAGGCCACAUUUUACUGUAAUCAAAUUCUUAAUUCGUUUAUUUUACAAGUAACAGCCACUGAAAUGAGAUUAAUGGAUUUACAAUUAAGUACAUUGCUUUCUUCCAUUAAAAUUAAUAGCACAGUUAUUACUAGUAAGGCUAAUAAUAUUUAUGUAAGCUAUGAAAAUAAGAUUACUAAAUUUGAGGUCAGUCAAGAAGGACAAAUAACUGAAUCAUUUUCCAUUACCUUAGAUAGAGACAUAUCUUCAAUGAGAGCAACUGAUGGUAAUCAUUUAAUUGCCAGCACCUACUCUGGCAUUAUUUAUUUCAUUUCAGGAAAUACAAUUUCUAAAACUAUUGAUAUUAACAGUCAGCAAAUUGAAACAAAUAUUGUGGAAUCCAUUUUCUAUACUGGCUCACUUUUACUUCUGGGGUUACGAGAUGGUCACUUAUUGGUUUACGAUAUUGAUCAACUCAUUAAAAAGUUCAAAUUGGGCGAUGUACCUGUACAGCUUAGAGAAACAUUUGAUGAUAUAAUUAUUGCUGUUUCUAACAACUGCUAUUAUAUUUCUGUAGAUUCUUCUAUGAAUCUCAACAUUUCUAAUUUAUUAGUCAACGAUCACAUCCUUUCAGUUCAAAACUUUAAUGUUACAGGUUAUGAAAACUCCCUGUUGUGUCUUUCUAGUGAUAGUAAGAUUAAGGUGAUCAGUAUUGAAACUACCAAUUUCCAACCAAUGAUUAAAGAAAUUUAUUCCAAUGAAGAUUGUCAAAGAGUUCAUGUAAACGAAGAGGAUAAUUCCAUAAUUUAUGUAUGCAACAAUUAUAGUAGUUUGAGAUAUAUUGACGAUAGCAAGGAGACAUUAACACUCUACACAUUCCCUCCUUCAGAAAAAAUCUACUCAAUUACUUCAUUUAAGGUAAAGAAUGACGAUUCACAUGAUAGUAAUUUUGUCAUUGUUGGUACAAAAUACACUCGCCAUCACAAUAAUAUUAUCAUGAAUAAGGACCCAACUAGUUUAUCUCAUGGAUUACUGCACGUACUGAAACUAGGAAAAGUAUCUGAUUCCUACAAAUGUGAACAUGUUGGAUCAUGCGAACUUCCUUACAUGGUUUAUUCUAUCAAACAGUAUAACAGUCAAUAUUUGCUUGUUGGUUACGGUGAAAGACUUGGAUUAUUUUAUUUUGAUCAAAAAGAAAUGAAAUUAGUUGACCAAGCUAGUGUAAGACAUUUUGUUAAUAGUAUUGAUAUUUGUGAUAAUUUGAUAUGUAUUACAGAUAGAUUUGAUGGACUACUUUUCUACAUUAUUCAAGAGGGUAAAUUUUAUUAUUUGAGUAAUGUUAGCUUGAGAUUAGAUGCAUUGAAUUCAUCUACAUGCAGAUUUAUCAACUCCAAACGAUUAGCAACAAUUGAUAGAAGCCACCAAUUAAUUAUUUGGAGAAUUAAUAACAUCAAUACAUCAACACAUACUAUUUCACUUUCCAAAGAAAAAUCAUUUGAUACAAAAGAACUUGCUCUCAAAGUUAUUCCAAUUUCUAAUCAUCAACUUUUCUACAUUACUUUGAAUGGUAGUAUUAAUUAUUUAAAUAUAGAGGAAUAA